UCUGUCUUCGCCUUCCAGUAUUGAGGACUACGCUUCCCAUGCUCCUUCGAGGUUGGAGCUUGCGCAAUUUGUUUUCCACGGCCCUAGCUGCUGGCAGUGGCUGUAUGCUGUUUGUUGUGUUUACAUUAAGGAAGAGAAAGAAAGAAUUUCCCAAGUUAUUGUAACACCGUGGCUGUCGCAUGAGGUUACUGGGUGAGCCCCUCCCUGCCAUGAGAGCGGACCACCAGGUCACCAGCCCCCCCUCCUUCUGCAGUUGAUGGAUCUGCAGCUGGUGCAGAGAUGACAGACAGCGUCAGGGCUUUCCUCCGCGAUGUUGCGACGGGGAUCAAGGACUCCAUAUUGGGGAUUGGAACAAUCUCCAAGCUGGAUGCUCGUAUCCAGCAGAAAAGGGAAGAGCAGCGGAGGAGAAGGGCCAGCGGGGCCCUGGCACAGAGACGGGCACAGAGUGAGGAGCGCAAACCGGACAAUGAUCCCAAAGUAGCCAGCAGGAUUUUUCAAUGCUGUGCCUGGAAUGGAGGAGUGUUCUGGCUCAGUCUGUUUCUCUUUUACCGGGUGUUUAUUCCACUCCUGCAGGCUCUCACGGCAAAAAUCAUUGGUGACCCGUCCCUCCAUGGCAGUGUGUGGUCCUGGUUAGAGUUCAUCCUGACCUCCGUUUUCAGUGCUCUCUGGGUCCUCCCCUUGUUUGUCCUCAGCAAGAUCGUCAAUGCCAUCUGGUUCCAGGACAUAGCUGACCUUGCAUUUGAAGUGUCUGGCUGUAAAGCUCAGCCAUUCCCCAGUGUCAGUAAGAUCAUCGCAGACAUGCUUUUUAACCUCCUCCUCCAGGCGCUCUUCCUCAUUCAGGGUAUGAUUGUUAGUCUCUUCCCCAUCGAUGCUAUUGGACAGAUGGUUAGCCUCCUCCACAUGUCUCUGCUCUACUCCCUGUACUGCUUUGAGUAUCGCUGGUUCAACCAUGGUGAUGAAUGGUCACAAACAUGUCAGAACUUUCUAAUAGAGAGGAAUCUGGAAUUUGGACCUUCUGCUCUGUUUUUAAUGGUUUUUAAAUGCUAUCUUUGUUUCCUAUGCAGCGGUUGCUUGUUCUCCAUCCUUUUCCCUCUGUUCAUCAUCAGUGCUAAUGAGGCAAAGACACCAACAAAGCUGUACCACUUCCAGCUGCGUCUCUUCUCCCUGGUCGUGCUGAUCAGCAACAAGCUUUUCCACAAGACUGUCCACCUGCAGUCAUCACUGACGUCAUCUGCCUCCACAGAGAGGCUGUCAACACCUCACACCUCCCCGACCCGCCAGAGGCUGCUGCCCACCCAGUGAAGGAGAUAGGAUAGUCACCAACAAGCGGUUUCACUGAAAAUUUAUUUUUUUUUUCUUUUUCUAGAAGGAUCGCCCUUAAUGAAGAUGAGUUCAGCUGGUUCAUGUGGUUCAGGACGAAGGGUUUACAUGUUUUUGUGUAAUCUGUGCCGCCUCAGUUACUCAUUUUUAUCCACCUUUUCUGUGUGACACAAAAAUCGACUGACCUGUGCCUCACACUCAAAACACUUUAAAUACUAAGAUCCAGACUUCUUUUUACUUUUCUUUCUUUCUUUGCAUAAUGUGCCAUUUGAGUGACUCUCCUUUUAAUAAAUUACAGCACAAGACAUCACAAAGUUUUAAUUUCUUUAAGUAAACGUGACUAAAGAAGGAUAUUUUUCUCUUUGAAGGGGCUUUUUUGUGUUCAGAAGCAAAGCACAGGUGUGUUUUCUUAGAAGUCACAUUCCUCCCUCACAGAUCCAACACUUUCUUGCACACGGACGUGUUUCUCUAUUAAAUUCUGCUCUCCUCACAGUCCCGUCUGCAACCUUGUACAGUUAUAAAGGGAGGCUUUUUAGUUUGAAAUCCCCACAGCUUUGUUUUCAGUAGAGUACAAGCAUCGUUUCAGGAGCUGCUAUUAAAAGGCAGAGUGACCUUUUUGUAACGGAAAUCAACCAGAAAUUCACUUGUGUGCAUUGACAUAACUGUUCCUCUGCGUCCCAUCCCAAAAAUAAAAAGUCUGGAUUCUGCUGUCUAAUGUCACAAUACACACGGCUACACCGGCAAAGGGCAAGCUUCAUUAGAGCUUUUAGUGUAUUGAUAGAUGAGACGACACUGCCAAACCGCUGCAUCUUUAACUUUACUUUGACCACUUCAACGCUAAGCUCUGUCACAAAGGAGUCAUGUAGCUCGUAGCUUUACAACAGACGGGUGAUCAGCCUCGACUCGCUUGCUGUAGUGCCCCUUGCACCUUAAAGAGAGCUUGAUGCAAAUAUAACUGAUCCCCAAAUAUCAUUGGCUGUUUGGUUAUUUGUGCUGUACAUAAUGUUAAUACCUCCUGAAUGUUCAGUCAGAAGCCCAGCGCCACACAGUGACCCCACCCCAACCUUUGUCUCAUCAGAGCUCGUGGAUGUGGAGCGGGGCCAUGAUUUUAAACAGUGUGCAAUUAUUGUAAGAAGAGCAUAGUGUUUGUGCAGACUGAUAUUUGUGAGUGAGGUUUUGUAAAAGUAAUACUUCUAAUUUGAAUAAAAUUGGUCAGUAUUCAAUAUUUGA